AUGGCGCGGGUGAUGAUGCGGAAGCUGGACGGCCCGCCGCCGGCUUUCGUGCACGACCUGCACCGCGAGGAGCAGACGCUCCAGGAACGCUCCAUGUGCGGCUGCGGCAAGCCACCGGCGUCGACGCCUUGCCGUCAGCGCACCGAAGAGGAGCGCGACGCCUCCAUCAUCGGCCACGUCCACCACGCCCUCCGCCACUACAACGCCACCAACCCGGGCUCGGAGUUCGUCCCCAUCAAGCCAUUGAUGGCCGCGUACGUGGGCUUCGAAGGCCACAUCUGGGUCCACGUCAGCUUCGUGGCUCGCGGGAGGAAGAUCGUCAGCGGCAAACGGAGGCGCAACACUGUCAGCGACACCGUCACCGACGAGCACUUCUUCGCGGAGCUGCGCUACAGCCACCGCAGCUCCGACGCGCCGGCCGUCGAAACAUGCACCAUCGUCGAUAAGAAGCCGCGCCACAGCCACUUGAAGACCUUGUGUACAUUUUGCCCAGAAAGCUUUGAGAUCUUGCACCCUCUUGACGGGAGCUUCGUGUGCAGAAAGAAGACCCAAGCAAAUGAGGGGCAAGGUUUCACGCACUUCAUGAAUCUGCUUGAGAAGCCGUUCACAUGCCCCACUGCCGGUGCAGAAGACAAGGAGGAUGCGGCAGCUCCGGAGGAACAGAAAGCUCCAGAGGAACAGGAGGAACAUAGUAGCACCAUGAGCCGGCCUUUCUCCUCCUUUGAUUUUUUUCGUAAUCUCAUGACAAGGCUAAAACCUUCGGCCGAGGUGAUGGAUAUCUCACUACCCCAGCAAUGGCUCCUCCUCCUCCUAGCCGGCAUCCUCCUCCCCGUCGUCUCGUACCUGCUAGUGACGAAGCACAGAGCCGAGGAAGGGCGGCUGAAGCUGCCGCCGGGCCCGAAGCCGGUGCCGGUGCUCGGCAACCUGCACCAACUGGGCUCUCUACCGCAUCGCAACCUGCGCGACCUGGCCGGGCGGCACGGCCCCGUCAUGCUACUCCGCCUCGGCGCGGUGACGACGGUGGUGGUCUCGUCCGCGGCUGCGGCGCGCGACGUGAUGAAGGCCCACGACGCCGAGUGCUGCAGCCGCCCCGCAUCGCCGGGCCCCGCGCGGCUCUCCUACGGGCGCAAGAGCGUCUCGUUCUCGCCAUACGGCGCCUACUGGCGCGACAUGCGCGGACUCUUCGCCGCGGAGCUCCUCGGCACGCGCGGCGUCAGAGCCGCCUGGGCCGCACGGCGGGAGCAGGUGGACAGGCUCAUGGCCGCCCUGGGCAGCGCUGCGGGGCCGGUGUCGUUGGAUGAGCACGUGUUCCGUGUCGCCGACGGCGUCAUCGGCACGGUGGCGUACGGGAGCGUGUACGGCGCGGAGGCGUUCGCGGGCAAGUACGAGCGGUUCCAGCAUGUGCUACAGGAGGCCGUGGACAUGUCGGCCAGCUUCUCCGCCGAGGACUUCUUCCCCAACGCCGCCGGCCGCCUCCUCGACCGGCUCGCCGGCAUCGUCGCGCGCCGGGAGAGGAUCUUCAGAGACCUCGACGGCUUCUUCGAGGUAGUGCUGGAGCAGCACCUGGACCCCGCGCGCCCAAAGCCGGAGAGCGGCGGCGGCGACCUGGUGGACGCCCUCGUUAGAAUCUGCGAGGAGCACGGAUUCACGAGGGACCACGUCAAGGCUGUCCUCCUGGACGCGUUCAUCGGCGGCGUUGACACGAGCUCCGUGACGAUCCUCUGGGCGAUGUCGGAGCUGAUCCGGAAGCCGCAGGUGCUGAAGAAAGCGCAGGAGGAGAUCAGGGCCGCGAUCGCUGGCAAUGAGCAGCGGGUGCAGCCGGAUGACCUGUCGAAGCUGACCUACCUGAAGAUGGUCGUCAAAGAGACCCUGCGGCUGCACCCGCCGAUUACGCUGCUUCUGCCGCGGGAGACGCUGCGGCGGGUGGAGAUCGGCGGCUACGACGUGCCGGUGGGGACGCGGGUGCUGGUGAACGCGUGGGCCAUCGGGAGGGACCCCGCGAGCUGGGGCCAGGACGCGGCGGAGUUCGAGCCGGAGAGGUUCGAGGCCGGCGGGAGGCACGACAAGGUGGACUUCCGCGGCGCUCACUUGGAGCUGAUGCCGUUCGGCGCCGGCCGGCGAAUCUGCCCUGCACUGGCCAUGGGGGUGGCGAACGUGGAGUUCACGUUGGCCAACAUGUUGUACGGCUUCGAGUGGGAGCUGCCGGAGGGGACGUUGGCCGAGAAGGUGAGCAUGGAGGAGGCCGGUAGGCUGACCUUCCACCGCAAGACUCCGCUGGUGCUCCUGCCUACCCCAUACGUAGUAUGACAAGCUCUGCUGCUCUGGUAGUGGUAUAUCGAGUUUAUACAUCUGGCAAAUAUAUCUAAGUUAGUAGAACAAAUGAAGAAAAUUGAUACAUGUGCGCGUCUUGGACUGCUAACAUGAAUCAGUCUUUUUUAUGUUUUGAGUUCCAGCACAAAUUUGCUCCGACUUUAUACAUCGGAUCUUGUGAGUAAAGUUGAAAUAUAAUGGGACUAUGAUU